AUGGCCGACAAAUUUGUAAAUUCCCAUGCUAGGGCUAAAAAAGCAGAGGCGAGGGUGAACGACAUUUUUGCCCUUAAACAGUCACCUAGCAAAGGGCUAAGACAUUUCCUCACCCGAUUCAACCGUGUGAGGAUGACCUUACCAAAUGUAUUAGAGGGAAUGGUAGUAGCAACUUUCCAGAAUGGGUUAAACAGGAACGGUUCGAGGGCAAUAGGAAAAUUGCUAAGACGACUGAUGAAAUAUCCCCCAACCACUUGGGACGACAUACACGACACCUACUGUGCCGAAGUACGGGCUAACAAGGACGACCUCAAUGGGCCAACUCAACAGCUAACCUCGGUCCAAAUAGAAUCCAGGAAAGACCGAAGAAAUGACAACAAAAGGGACCAUGCAGGCCCGCGACCCAACCGUGAAAGACAUCAACCAUAUGUCAAAGUCGCCGUCGUACCACCUCCCUAUCACGGUGACGGCCCACCUAGGCCGCAAACAGGGACUCACCAAAGUGAAAGAGUCUGCAAGGAGGUUGAAAAACUGCUGGUAAACGGCUCUAUCAGAGAAUCAAAGUACCCUCAAUGGGUCGCCAACGUGGUCAUCGUGAAAAAGAAGAAUGGGAAAUGGCGUAUGUGCGUAGACCUCACAAAUUUGAACAAAGCCUGCCCUAAAGACUCAUUCCCACUACCCUAUAUUGACUAG